UUCCUUUCAAAGGUUCCAUCUUUUAAUUAGCUGCCAAUUUCUCAGACAUUCUUUGCUUUUGUCUUCUCCUCUUUUUCUUCAUUUCAUUUCAUACUCUUCAAACCACAUUCUCAUUUCUUAUUUCUGAACUUUGAUUCAUCUCUGUUCUCUUCUCUUUCUCUUCCACCUUUCCGGCGCCCAUUUUCCGGCCUCCGGUGCUCUGUUUGGCCUGAAAAAAGAAAUGGGGUCUGUCUUCUACCUCCAUUAAUGCAUUUUCUUUACCAAAAUGCAAACCCCAUCUUUUUUCUAAAGGAAAGAAUAUUGAAAAGGCUAAUGCGUCUCUCUGAAUCCAUUUAUAAACACUCCAUUGAUUGAGGAAAACCCCCAAAUUCCCCAAUAUUCAUCUUUCAUUUAUCGACUCCAACCUCUCUCUCUCUCUCUCUCUCCCACUUCCGGUCACCGGAAACCGGCUUCCCUCUAUACCAAGGUUUGGUUUCGUAUCUCUGUAAUGGUCAAAACUAUAUGAAUUUCCCCUCGUAUCCCCAAAACAUGAAGUAUAUAUCAGAGAAGGGAUGGAACUCUAUCAUACCUAUCCAUUUGAGAGGCGAAUCGGGUUCUAACUUUUGCAUCUUUUCGAGAGCAAAGGGAGCAAGAUAUGGUCCGGGCAACGCUCCAGUAUAUCUCAAUGUGUAUGACUUGACAACAGUAAAUGGCUGUGUUUACUGGGCAGGUGUUGGCAUAUUUCAUUCUGGGAUUCAAGUUCAUGGUGUGGAAUAUGCCUUUGGAGCUCAUGACUAUCCAACAAGUGGUGUCUUCGAGGUCGAACCUCGACGCUGCCCCGGGUUUAAGUUUAGGAAGUCGAUUUUCAUGGGUACAACUUGCUUGGAUCCCAUCCAAUUUCGAGAGUUCAUGGAGCGCAAUUCUGCAAAUUACAACGGCGACACAUACCAUUUGAUUGUUAAAAACUGCAACCAUUUUUGUGAGGAUAUUUGCUAUAAGUUAACCGGUAAACACAUACCAAAAUGGGUGAAUCGUCUUGCGAGAAUAGGUUAUUUAUGUAACUGCAUGCUACCCAAGGCUCUCAAGACUUCAACUGUUCCACAUGACUCAAAUUUCCAAGGAUAUGAGAGCGAGAAGCGAUUACGAAGUACUUUCGGUUGCUUCACAUCAAUAUCAAUGCAUCAACGGGAAGUCUCAAUGUCUUCAUUGUUUCUCCACUCCCAUUAUAAAGGUUGCCUACCACCAUGGGAGCUGAAAGGGUCAAGAAGCCGGUCGAUGAAGGAAGGCUGACAAACACUCAUCUUCACUUCUUUGCUGCCAUUUUUUAAUCUAGGUGAGAGAAUUCACCUCUUCUUGGCAAAGAAGAUUUGCAGGUUCAACGUUUGUUUCUGUUAAGUUUAUAUGUUAAAUUUAGAGGUAUUCAUUGUGCAUGUGAUAGCACCAUAGCAGUUCAUAGUAAUUCGAGUAGCUUGUUUUUUUUUUUUUUUUUUGGUAAAUGUAGGUAUUAAAUUUUAUUAUUAUUAUUAUUA